AUGCCCCCGUCGGCUCCAUCGUCCAGUUCUCACUCGAACCCCGCUCAGAAGCCUCGUGUCAUCAAACCGCAAAACACUUCCCAACCCAAGGAAUUUUCUGAGGAACAAACGGAAUUUGAAUCAAAGCCCGAAUCGCAACAUAACGGCGCUCCGCAGUCUACCGGCGCCGGAGCUGGUGUAAGCCAUGCGCAGACGGGGCCGCCUGGAGGUCGCGCAAAAUCUCCCGGAUUUUCAGACAGCCAAACGGAAUUCGAGACGGCGAACCGUACCCCGAGAGAUGCCGCAGAAUCGGAACCCGUACAACCACAACAACCCCUUCCCGAUCUGACACAAGGUAUCCCGUCUACUAUCGCUGCAGAACUGGCCGCCAAGUCGAAACGUCGGAAGUCCACUGGGCUAAACCUUACAGAAGACCCGGAAAAAGAGGGCGCAGCUGGUGAUGAGGGCAGUGGCGGCGGUGGUGACAUCCCUAAGAAUGCCUAUGUUUCGUCGCUUGAACGCCGUCGCAACAGAAUGGCCAAUUUGACAUAUGCGGUUCUACUUGGCUUAGGCACGGCUGGGACGAUGUACCUGGGCCGAAACUGGGAUACGGAAGCAGAAGAAAAGGCUCAUCCAAAUGCUCCAUCGGGAUGGGGAUUCGGUCUUUUCUUCAAUCGCAUCAAAGCCCGUUUUGAUGACCUGACGAGUUAUUAUAAAGACCCAGCCUUUGAGAAACUUCUGCCGGAAGAGGACCCUGCAAUAAGACAGCCCUACACAUUAGUACUAAGCUUGGAAGAUCUUCUCGUCCACACCGACUGGACUCGAGAGCAAGCCCUAUUUGAUCUUUCCUAUCUCAACCGUGACCUUUCCAAGGUCAUCAUAAUCGACACCCAUGAACCCCAUACAAAACGCCAACCCGAGAACGCCAUCAUCCUCCCCAAGUGGAACGGUGACCCGAAAGAUAUGUCCCUCGUUGCUCUCAUUCCCUUCCUCGAAUACGUCGCCGGAAUGGGCAUUGAGGAUGUCAGAACGGUCCUGAAAGGAUUCGAAGGCACCUACAUCCCCGCUGAAUUCGCCCGAAGGGAAAAGGCGAUGCGUGAGAAAUUCGAGAAGCAGUUAGCCGAAGAACGCGCCAAGCGGCCCAAGCACAGCGUUGGUGCUAUUGCUUCGCUUUUCGGUAUUAAGCCGAUGGGAAAUGCUAUCGACGGGCUGGAUCACAGUACCACUGAAGGCCUAGAGCAGGGCAAGAUGCUGUGGGAUCAAAUCCGAGAACGAGGACAGAAGCAGUAUCAGUUGAUCGAAAAGGGAAUCCAAGAAAACGGAGAGCAGUGGCUUGCAGAGCUGGCCGCAGAGGAAGAGAAGGCAAGAGAAGAGCAGAUGAAAGGCUUCAAAUCCAGCUUUACGAGUUUCUUCGGAAAUACUGAAGGCGAGAAGAAAUGA